AUGUUUCUUUUCCUUCUCGUUUUGGUUCCUGUUGCUAUUUCCGGGCUUGAUCCGCAAUGUGUAGAGGAGUUCCACAAAAUGCUUGGCUGCGUAAAGAACAGAACACUGUUCAGCAGAAUUUACGAUCUAGGAUUGGAUGAAGAGUGGAUGGAUCGGAACCUGGCUGAAGAAAUUGGAAAUGCUAUAUCUUGUUCUUCUAUGCCAAUCUGUUUGGUCGCUGAGGAUUUCUAUAGACUCUUACUACAAGAAAAAUGGACGAUUGAUUUUUACCACAGUGAACUGAAAUCUUGUUUGGGAAAUGGAACUCUCAAAGAGAUCAAAAGAAUCUGUAACUCUAUUCCGAGACCUCCAUCAGAUGAUUUGAGUCCUUGUCAAGGAAUCGAGGAUCCAUGUUUCUCCGAAGAACUUGUAAAGCAGAAAACAUGCACAGAUGCACAUCUUCCGGAUUUCAAAGUGUUCAGUUUUGCAUUGCACACAGAGUGUGUUUCCUUACAUGUUCCGUAUUUAGCAGACACAUGGAAAGAAUAUUCUAUUGAUUAUUACAGGUCUUCAUAA